UUUGGAUCAUAAUUUAAAGCCCAAAAUUAUCACUCGCCUGAUCAAAAUUUUCAAAAUCUACGCAAAUUGCGGAAAAAAUCGUGGGAUUUUGAAUUCGCAAUUUGGAUUUGCUAUACCAACAUCUCCAGUAGCUGAUUCGUCUUGCAAUAAUGACUGAGUAUUGGGUUAGUCAGGGAAAAAAAUGGUGUGAUUUGUGCAAAAUCUUCAUAUCCAAUAAUCCUUCAAGCAUCAAGAAUCAUGAGCUUGGCACACGACACAAAGAUAAUGUCACCAAGAGGUUGUCUAACAUGAGAGAAGAGAAAGUUGCUAAAGAUAAAGAAAAAAAGGAAACUGCCCGUGUUCUCACCAAAAUUGAAGAGAAAGCGAGUCUUAGUUAUCAAAAGGACAUAUCAACUUUUCAGAAGGCUAGAGAUACUAAUGCAAAUUCAUUAGGUGGUAUUGGAGGGAUAGAUGAUGGCUCUACAAUGUCUGGAGAGUGGGAGCAUGACACCACAUCCGGUUAUUACUACAACCAAACUAACGCUUGUUAUUACGAUCCAAAUUCUGGCUUCUACUACACUGAUGCUUUAGGUAAGUGGGUAACACUGCAAGAAGCUCUUGCUGCUGCACCCAAACUUUCUUCUGGACCCAUACAAAAGAAACCCAAUUUUGCCACGUCAUCAUCAUCAUCAUCCUUGCCUUCCAAAACUCAACCCCCAACACAAUCUGCUAACAGGCCAUCAUCUCUUUACAUAAACAAAAGAAAACGACCAGAUUAUUCCAAGCCAAAAAUUGUGUCCCAAGAGGAAGCCGCUGCCCUCAAGGCACGUGAGGCGGCAAGAAAGAGAGUCCAGGAGCGAGAGAAAUCCUCACUCGGUCUUUAUAAGCACUGAUGUACUUACUGUGUUAUUCUGUCAUGUCCUGUUCUGUGUGUCAUGUUCAGAUAGAUAAACCGGGUAUUUUUUUUUUUUUAAGUCAUACAACAC